UGAUGACCUAUAUAGGUUGUUUAGCAAAGCCUGACAGCGAUCUGUUUUAUUGACUUUUAGUGGGCAACCUUACAAAUGGAGCUGAGUGCUAAAGAGAAGAAUCAGCAACUCUACAAACACUAUACCAGGGGCAUUAUAGCCAAAACACCAGGUUCAACUCUGCAACAGGAAUUUGAGGACCUUCAGCAAAGUACUCUUCUGAGUUUGGAGCCAAGGUUUGAACUCUCUGAUGUCUUCUUCUUCUGUCGAAAAGCCUUGGAGAGCAUUGUGGACGAUGACGUGACCAAGUGCUUCUCAGCCCAGGAGCUGGAAAGCUGGAACUUGCUAAAAAGGAGCAACCGCAACUUCCGUUACCUAAGUCUAAAACUCUUAGCCUUGUGGGUUCUUGGAGUUUUAAUCCGCUAUGGUGUUCUACUGCCUUUCAGGGUAACUGUAGCAGUGACAGGGAUUUCUCUGUUCAUUGUUUUAAGCACCAUGGUAGGAUUCCUACCCAAAACAAAGUUAAGAAGCUACCUCAGUGAUAAGGUGCAUUGGAUGGGUUAUCGUCUAUGUGUUGGAUCUCUGACUGGAAUCAUCACCUAUCACAACAGAGAAAACAAACCAAAGAAUGAUGGCAUCUGUGUGGCCAAUCACACAACACCAAUAGAUGGGAUUAUCCUGGCCAAUGACCUUUGCUACUCUUUGGUUGGUCAGUUACAUGGAGGCUUACUGGGAAUGAUCCAAAGAGCCAUGGUGACCUCCUCUUCUCAUAUAUGGUUUGAACGAGCUGAAGUCAAAGACAGACACCUAGUGGCCCAAAGACUCAGGGAUCACAUUGCAGAUGAAAACAAACAUCCCAUCCUUAUCUUCCCUGAAGGCAGUUGUGUCAACAACACAUCAGUGAUGAUGUUCAGGAAGGGCAGCUUUGAAAUCGGCUGCACCAUCUAUCCUGCUGCCAUUAAGUAUGAUCCUCACUUUGGAGAUGCUUUUUGGGACAGCAGCAAAUUUGGUUUAGUGGGAUACCUGGUCAGAAUGAUGAGCAGCUGGGCCAUCGUUUGUAGCGUUUGGUAUCUACCACCAAUGAGGAGAAAGGAAGGAGAGGAUGCAGUGCAAUUUGCCAAUCGAGUAAAGGCUGCCAUUGCUGCCCAGGCAGGGUUAGUGGACCUCAUAUGGGAUGCAGGACUGAAACGAACCAAAGUGAAAGAUGCUUUUAAAGAAGAAGAACAGCAACUUUACAGCAAAAUACUUAUGGGGGGACAUGAGGAUCAGAACCGGUGCAAACAUACAGAAGGUGGAUGUCCAGAGGGCGACAAAGACAAAUGAUUUUCAGUUGUAAUAAAGACCUGUAUGUCCAUCAUCACUACAGGCUCUUAUGUCCUGUUCAACAAUGCAACAUAUGGUGUGAAAUGCAUUAGUAAAGAAUCGAGUUUGCAUUUUAUAAUAAGAUGUUUUUUAUUUGAAAAUGUUUUUUGUAAGCUUGU